CCAGGCCGCGCGGGAGGGCGCGCGGCCGCGGCGGCCCCCCUCCCCCACUUUUCGCCGCGCACGGCAGGAACCCGUCACCCAGGCUGCUUCGCCUGCUGCGGUCCGUCGUCGUGAUGGAUUCUCCGUGGGAUGAGCUGACCCUUGCCUUUUCUCGCACGUCUAUGUUCCCCUUUUUUGAUAUCGCCCACUACCUGGUGUCGGUGAUGGCGCUGAAGCGUCAGCCGGGAGCUGCGGCAGUGGCAUGGAAGAAUCCUCUUUCAAGCUGGUUUACUGCUAUGCUCCAUUGCUUUGGUGGAGGAAUUUUAUCCUGUGUAUUGCUUGCAGAGCCUCCAUUGAGGUUUCUUGCAAACAACACUAAUAUAUUACUGGCAUCUUCAAUCUGGUAUAUUAUAUUUUUUUGCCCAUGUGACCUAGUUUCCCAGGGCUAUUCUUUCCUACCUGUUCAACUCUUGGCUGCGGGAAUGAAGGAAGUGACCAGAACUUGGAAAAUAGUAGGUGGAGUCACACAUGCUAAUAGCUAUUACAAAAAUGGCUGGAUAGUCAUGAUAGCUAUUGGAUGGGCUCGAGGUGCAGGUGGUAGCAUUAUCACGAAUUUUGAACAGUUGGUAAAAGGAGGUUGGAAACCAGAAGCUGAUGAAUGGCUGAAGAUGUCCUACCCUGCCAAGGUAACCCUACUGGGGUCAGUUAUCUUCACUUUCCAGCACACGAAGCAUCUGGCGGUAUCAAGGCAUAACCUUAUGUUCCUUUAUACCAUGUUUCUUGUGGCCACAAAGAUAACCAUGAUGAUUACAGAGAAUGGUACUGUGCCUUUUGCUUCUUUCGAGGAUACAGUGAGCCGGAUGCUGUUUGGCUGGCAGCAUCAAUUUUCAACAUGUGAAAAGAAAAGUGAAACAAAAUCAUCUUUUAAUGGUACUGGCUCAUCGACCUCAAAACCUAUAGCUGAUGCUUCAGAUACUGUUAAAAAGAAACAUACUAAGAAGACGGAGUAAAUUUAUUUUAUGCGCUCUAAAGGCAGAAAUUUUUUUUCUUAUCUACCUGUCUGAUUGUGAUAAAUAUUUCUAUGUAAAUGAUGUGAAAUAAAGAUUAUAUAUAAGGAAUGGAGGUGACAAAAAGAAAGAACUUCUUUCUGUUUGAGGGAGAUUGUCUCUUUCUGGAUUGUAAUUCGUGAGUGUUAUGAGUGUAUCAUGUGAAAUUGUUUUCCUAAGUUAUAUAUAAAAGAUUCUGUUGUGAUUAUUUUAAUAGUUUUAUAUUGAUAAAGGAGACUAGAUUUUUUCCCUAACGUUAGAAAAAGUAAACUUACUAUCCUUGCAAAAUAAUAAAAAUUAAAGCCUUUGUUUUAUUUAGGUAUCUUCAUACACAUUUUUAAUUGAAUCCAUCUGAGCUUUAGUUCAGCAAAAUUAAACUUAUGCUUAAUAUUACUAUUAUAAUUCCUAGAUAUGGAAUACAAUUCCUAUUUAACUUUGAGAACUGGGAAAAGUAAACCUUACCUAAACCACUUUAUAUUAUGAAUGAAAAUAAAUGACUAGUUUUUAUUUCAGAUAUAAACAUUGUAUUUUUUAGCCCAUAUAAAGUGGAAAAUAUUUGAAAUUUAUUUAAUUUUUUAAACAGUAGUAUUUUUCAGCAAGAACAGAGUAUUGGUAUGAGUCUCAAUCUGAAGUCUAUUUCAUGCCCUUGUUUAUAGUGUUCCUUUUUCUCCAGAGAAAAUCAGGGGUAUAAUUUUUAAUAAAUUACUAAGCCCA